AUGCCUCGCUCCGAAGAAGCAGAGUGGUGGACCAAUGCCGUCUACGCAGCCGUCCAAGAGAUCCCCCCUGGCCAAGUCACCACCUACGGUUACAUUGCAUUUUUAUUGGGUGAACCGCAGCGUGGCCGCCAAGUGGGAAUGUCCUUGAAAGCUCUCCCGGCCCCCGAGUCGGGCCUCCAUUUCACUUCACAAAGCGUGCCCUGGCAGCGGGUAAUUAAUGCCAAGGGAAUGAUUUCACACCGUGAGCCUGGUGGUGCAACCCGUCAGGCAGACGCUCUCCGGCUGGAAGGUGUCGAGGUAACUAUCGACAAUAUGGGUGAGAUGCAUGUUAGUUUUCCGCAGUAUGGAUGGUUUCCAAAGCGGUUGCCUAGUGAGGAGGUCGAUGACGGGUUGAAGCUAGAUUAA